AUGAUGUGUCCUACUCCUCAUCUGUGUGUGUGUGUCUCCUCUUGUAUAUCCUCAUUCUCCGCAUUGCGCAGACUGCAAGCUAGAUUAACCAAGGAAAUAAAUGUGGAGCCAGAGCAUCAUACCUCGAGCUUAGGAAACCACUUCUACAUGAAUCAUCCUAUCGAUCUGUUGGCACUUGACUGGGCCAAUCCCCUUGUGCGCGAUCACAUUCAGGUCUAUCCUGAGAUCUGUGAUACCAUUUCUGAGCCAUGGCAGGCAGAUAAAUGGCUGAAGGAAAUCCCAUUCGAUGAGCUGUCCCCGAUGUGGGCAGAUUGGAAGGUCACUCCUCACCGACAUUUUUACAUCAAAGAAGUUGCCCAGCUGGCAAACAAUGAGUUUGUCAUCCCAAUGCGGUGGGUCAUGGUCAAGAAAGUCGAACACGUCGAGUUCUAUCGUGUAAAAUGGAAUGAGGAGACUGGGAAAUAUUCCCUUUUUGGGUCGGAUUCCACGCACCUCGAGGGUUCAACGUCAACAAAGUCCUCACGAGAUUUGCUUUACCGCUUGCCUGCAAGUGAAUUAAAAUACAACUUCCUGGAGCUUGAAAAGGGUGGUUAUAAAUUUGAAUUCUCAGAAUGCCUUGGUACAAGUGCGAAUCCAUCACGCCAAAUCGCAAAAGGCCGCCCCUUAUUCGUGUUGCGCAUUAUGCCAUGGUGUGACGAUGUUUCCGGAAAUCGUUCAAAGCAAUACAAUGCACAUGUGAACAUGUACACGACAAAUGCAAGUUUACCUCACCGAAAACUCUCGCAGGAGUAUUUUGUGCGAUUCUGUUCAACAUCGCCUCAUGCAUCAGCUCUCGAACAGUUUGAGGCGCUAUCAAAAGAUUUCGGAAAGUGGAAGGAGGCAUAUGAUUGCAAAUUGGAGCAAGAUAUCCUUUUCCAAAUAUAUCCCCAUGCAGGACCAGCCGAUAACCCUCAGCAGGCAGAAUCCUGUUCCUGCGGAGGCCUGGGAUCAAGUCAUAAUUGUCGUUAUGACGAGAACGGAGGUACGAAAGCAUUUAAAGAGACAAAUGAAGGGUAUCAUGCGAUGUUUUCACCGGGCGUCCCGCGAACUCCAGAGAAAACCAUAGCCCGAAUAAAAGAGCAGAUUCACACAGCGUGCCUUGGUGUCAAGGAUCAUGUCGAUGCCCUGCAAACGGCCACAGGAGUGAAGGACAAGAUCGCAUGCCACUGGAUUGAUAAACUGAUUGAGAUGGCGCGUGAGCGCCAGAAUACACGGAUAAGUAAUGUAGCAACGCGAGACGCCACUUUGAACAACAAGAAUUUGAAGGGACCUGCACGGGAGGCCAUGAAGAAAAAAAUCAAAGAAGAAAUUCAAGAAGAGCUGCUCAAGUGGGUCAUUAUGCAGCCUCCUGACCGAUAUGAACAGUACCCAGAAAACUCUGAUGAGAAAAGGAACCCCAGCCUGCGCCCAGGAGACCACUUCAACGUGUUGUUACGCGUUCGUGGGCUUGACCCACAUAAAGACAGUCCAUGUGAGCUUCUCCAUACGUAUCUCCUUGGCGAAGAUAAAUAUGUCUGGCACGACACGUCCAAGAAAUGGGACAAGAAGAAAGAAGAGCUCUUUGCUGUCUGUCUUCAAGGCUCUUCACUAGAGGGACUCACAAUUGACUCGCUGCGAGCAAGAUAUUGUGUUCAGUACAAGAAUUCUCUCAUCGGAAAACAUUUCAAAUCUCUUCAACAACUGGCUGUCUUUCAUUUGAAUGAUUCUCUUUGUCCACCCCAUUUGUUUGAGAUAUGGAAAGCAUCGGGCGAGCUUGGGGCUUUAUUAUGGUUUCCUGAGAUAAAGAACAUGGAUCAAUACCUGGCCGAUCUUGAAAUAUGCAUCGCAAACCUUCUCGAUUUAUGGGCAGUCUAUGAUCCUAACCGGAUCAUUGUCAAGUUCAAAUUGCAUGUUCUCCCGCAUAUUAUUGACGACAUUCGACGAUUUGGGCCGGCAGUAUUAUUUUCAACUGAGGUAUUCGAGUGUUGGAACGCCAUUUUUCGGUUAUGCAGCGUACUUUCAAACCACCUCUCGCCCUCGCACGACAUCGCAGAUACACUUCUUGAUAUGGAAAGGUUCAAGCAUAUUGUUAGCGGAGGGUGGUGGAAGACAGAGGACAAUGACUGGACUCAGGCAGGCAAACACGUUCGAAAUUAUUUAAAAGAAGAGGUACAGUUACAACGCCGCCUGGGUUGGACGGACAUAUCAACAAUGGUUCCAGGAACCGUAAAGCUGGAGUCAUCGAAGAAACGACGACCUGGGUCAUGGAAGGAAUCACUCGGACAGCAUUGGACUGCCGAGCGCGAUGGAUGCGGGGAUCAGUCCCAGACAUGGGCGCGGUGCCGAUACCUUGUGUCAAUGUCUCAGGACGUUUGCAAGGUUGGGUCUUGGGUCUUUUCAAAGCGUGAAAAUGGAACGGAUGUCGCGGCUGGUCGCAUCUUGCUGAUAUUGCUGCCGAAUACAACAACCAUCAUCUCGCUAAGUACGGCUGCAACGAUCCUACUCGAGAUCUUCAAUGUUGAAGGACGAAAGAACGAGAGGUUGAAUAUGCCUAUUCUAUCAGCUAGCGGAGAAACACUGCUUGUUGCAGCGAAAGAUAUAUUAUUUCUCUUCAAUGCGCAGCACGACUGUAAACAUGGAAAGUGCAGGAUUGUUGAAAAGCCUGCACUUCAGGAGCGGGAAACCACGACCCGCAUGCAAGGAACUAUCGAGCACCUGGAUAACACCCGUUAUUUUAUCAAUAUGCAUGCUCUUCACAACGCUCACCUUAUUCGCGAAGUACUUCCUCGUGAUCUCACAAAACACCAACUGCGGUUCCCUAAUCGGCGCGCCAAGCACGACGAGUUGGCUGCAGGCCUUCGGGUCACAGGACCGGCCGCUCGAAAAGCUGCGGCGGAGCAAUCAACACGAACACGAAAUCGAAACAAGCAAAAGAACUUACAAGCACAAGCCCGCGCGGGACUCGCAGUUAUCACGGAGGAAGAUCCUGAGGAGCUGAAUGAAGAAUCAAUGUUGACAGGCGUGCAGGAUGAUGGUCUAUCUGGUGGACGUGAAGACGAUGAAGAUACAUCAAUGGAGGGAAUGGAUGCGUAA